AUGUUUCCUGGAGAGUCAGAGGAGUGGACAGAUGGUUUCGGUGGGCGUCUCGACGGCACGCCGGCUGAGGGCAAGGGCAAGGCCAAGAGGAAAAGAGAGCCGCUGGAAGUGGAGCCACCGAACUUCCCCAUGAAGUUUGGUGGUGGCCAGAAACGCAACCGGCACGAUUUGGAACUCAAAGGGCCUAAUGGCACCAUCGGUGUGUCGUAUGCGCAACGAGAAGAUCACACUCUCAGCGUGGAUAAAAGACAGAACGAAAUACGAGAAGCAGCUGGACAAGGCAGACCAGCCCGGAGCGUAAAGUCGUUCAACACGGGGAGGGUUCGGUCAAACGCGGAGGCCGAGCUCAAACUUCUCGACUGGAUCAACGAUGUUUGUUCGGAAGCCAUCUCUGCCCGCGUCUCUACAAGGAUGAUCAAGAACAAGGCGGUAUCGCUUAACUCGCUUUGGUUCGGCCCGAGGCCUGCAGCGAACGACCUGGAGGGCAGAAUAAAGUACCGCAACAAGCAAACUCACUGGUGCAGGAGGUUUCUCAAGAACCGGUUGUCAUUCCGGGCGGUUACCAGGUAAGGCCAAAACAUCCCUUUCGGGUGGCCUGCGAUUGCCAUGAAAGCCGUCAAGGAAUUGAGGGCGCUUCGUCACGGAGGAAUCGACGGUGGGGGAGGAUGAGGCACGGGGGGGGCAGCGGGCAGUGCGCCUUCGAAGCCACCUCUGUUGUUCAAGGAGGAGCAGAGCUACAGCAUGGUUGAAACUGCUGUGUGGAUGGAGGUCGCUGGCACGUCGACCGUGGCGGUGAGUACAAAUAGUGUUGCUUUAAAUCAUGUGCCUGUCGUCGUUUCUGGGCAUUCCGUGCAAACAGUGGGCAUUUUGAUGCCAUAUUUCUUGCCGUAUACCUACUCAGUGUCCAGCCAGUAUGGCUAGACGACGCUGGUAUUGUGCUUAUGCCGCGUUAGAAGAAUUUUCGUAUCAUUCGCUUCCAUCAUCACUGUACUGCAAAACUGACAUGUUUGUGCUUGAAGAGCUGUCAUCCUCAUCUACAAAAUGGACUUUUUUCGUCGCCUCUGCU